UCCUGGACUUAUUGUCCCUCCCCUGGGCUGGGCUUUGACAGUACCUAGUGGCAUUGAACAGACACGCCUGCAUACAUUCCCUGGGAAAAGGUAGCUGCAACCAGGUGUGGCAGUGCCUGGGAGGUGUGAAUGAGGCAGGAUGAACUGGACGGGUUUGUACACCUUGCUCAGUGGCGUGAAUCGGCAUUCUACCGCCAUCGGCCGAGUAUGGCUGUCCGUCAUCUUCAUCUUCCGAAUCAUGGUGCUGGUGGUGGCUGCAGAAAGUGUGUGGGGCGAUGAGAAGUCUUCUUUCAUCUGCAACACCCUCCAGCCUGGCUGCAACAGCGUCUGCUAUGACCAGUUUUUCCCCAUCUCCCACGUGCGCCUGUGGUCCCUGCAGCUUAUCUUGGUUUCCACCCCAGCUCUCCUCGUGGCAAUGCACGUGGCUCACCAACAGCACAUAGAAAAGAAAAUGCUACGACAAGAGGGGCUCACGGACCCCAUCCACCUGGAAGAGGUAAAGAGGCACAAGGUCCACAUCUCAGGGACACUGUGGUGGACCUAUGUCAUCAGCGUGGUGUUCCGGCUGCUGUUCGAGGCAGUCUUCAUGUAUGUCUUCUAUCUACUCUACCCCGGCUAUGCCAUGGUGCGACUGGUCAAGUGUGAGGCCUACCCCUGCCCCAACACAGUGGACUGCUUUGUGUCCCGCCCCACCGAGAAAACCGUCUUCACUGUCUUUAUGCUCGCCGCCUCCGGCAUCUGCAUUAUCCUCAACGUGGCAGAGGUGGUGUACCUCAUCAUCCGGGCCUGUGCCCGCCGUGCUCAGCGCCGCUCCAAUCCGCCCUCCCGCAAGGGCUCGGGCUUCGGCCACCGCCUCUCACCUGAAUACAAGCAGAAUGAGAUCAACAAGCUGCUGAGCGAGCAGGAUGGCUCUCUGAAAGACAUACUGCGCCGCAGCCCUGGUACCGGGGCCGGGCUGGCUGAGAAGGGCGACCGAUGCUCAGCCUGCUGAUGCCCAUGUACCAGGCAACCUCCCAUCCCACCCCUCCCUCACCCAGCCCUAGGCCUGCCCCUCCUUUUCCUAUGCCGGUGAGCAGGCCUCUGCCUGCUAGGGAUUACUCCAUCAAAACCUUCCUUCUCUCCCUACUCCCCUUCCUCGAGAGCCUUCUGUCUAAGAACUAGCCUGCUGGGGAGUGGAGAGCCACCUCUGCACCAGGGCUCAAGGUUACUGAGGGUGGGGGUAGCUCUUUCUGCCUGGACCCCUUCCUCUUCCCUCUUCCUCUCCCUGAGAGAUGAGAUGCUCUGCCGGUGUUUUCAAUUAUGAAACUAAUCUUAACCCCCAUGCUGUUAGGUACCCCACUUCGGGAGUCACAACAGUGGGGAGGGAUGUGGGCAAGCGGAGUGGAGGAGGGGCUCUGCAUCGUGGGUGGAGAAGGGAGGGGAACAAGCACAGGAAAAGGAAGAACAGUGCUUGCCUUGCUGUCUGCGGCAGGCAGCGAGGAAAAGAAGGCCAUGUCUAGGGUGAGGGAGUUAGGGAGGAAGAAACAGGCAGAUAAUAAACUGGAGUGGGAAUUGGUCAGGGCUGCUCCCAGUCCCCAGUUCCCAAGGCCUCUCUCUCUCUCUGGGCAAAUGUUACACAUUAAACAGGAUUUUACAGUAAAUGAA